GGCGGAGCGAAGAAAGCUUUCUAAUGCCAUGGAAUCUUCCGGAGUGUCAGUUGCGGGAGCGGAAGGGUGUGGGGUAUUUGCAAACGGAAGCAGGAAGCCGGUUUCUCGGCAACGGGUGUUUAUGUCCCUCAGGGCGCUUCCGGGCGAGGUAGCGGGGAUGGAGGUGAGCCUGACCUGCGCCGUGUGCCUCUCGCUCUUCGAAGAGCCCGUCACGCUCCCGGUCUGCUCGCACAACUUCUGCCGCCGCUGCCUGGCCGAGUGCUUUAGCGCCGCCGAGACGACGCCCGCGGCCUUCGGGCGGGCCUCGACUCGGGCCACUCAGACCAGCGACGGAGGAGGAGGAGGCGGCGGCGGCGGCGGUACUUUGUCCGUGCCCUGUCCACUCUGCCGCAAGCGCUGCCCGCUGCCUCCGGAGGGCGGGGUGGCCUCCUUGCCGGUGAACACCACCCUGGCGGAGGUGGUGAAGCUCUUCCGGACCAGCCAAGGCGCCCAGGGCGAAGCGGGGCCUGCGGAGGGCUCCUCGGCGCUGGCCCCUCAGCUGGCGGCGCUGCGCCUGCCCUGCGAGAAGCAUCCGGACCGCCCCCUGCAGCUCUUCUGCCGGAUGUGCCUCCGCGCCGGGUGCGGGCAGUGCGUCUCCGAGGAGCACCGGGGCCUCUUCCACGCCGUCAACCUCAUCGACGUCGUCUACCAGGAGGAGAAACUGGCCUUCUUUAGCAAUCUGAAAAAAAUAAGAGAAUUACAAGCAAACCUACUGAAGGAAACAACUUCAUCCAAGAAUGCAGAGGUAGUAAUGCAGAAUGAAGAGGAGAUUAUUAAAACUGAAUUUGAAAAAGUCCAUAAUGCUUUGGAAACGAGGAUGAAACAAUUGCUUGAAGAUCUUGAGAGCCAGAAGAAGUGGAAAGAAAAGGAAUAUCAGAUAUGGAAGCGAAUGAAGGACGUUCAUAGGAAAACCAUUGAAAAUGUUCUGAAUGAUUGUGAGAAGAUUUUAGAUGAAUGCAAUCCCCAGCAUUUCUUAGAGGUUGCGUGCAGCUUGAAUCAAAGAAUGGAAACUCAGCUGGACUUAAUGCAACUAGCAUCCAAACACGAAAAUCAGCCAGAAGACAGACAAAGGCAAAUGGAUACCACAUCUGUAAUUAAUGAUAUCUUAGCCUUAAAUCUCACUGCGGUUAAUUUGGAUGCUGACACAGCAGAUAUUCCUCCCAGUGGUAGUGUAUGUCCCACAUCUGCAAACUAUGGAAAUAAGUGGGAAGAUAAGAAAAACAAAAAGGAUGCCUUCUGUCCAAUGGCAGGAGAAGACACUGAUUUGUUUGGUAUCAGUAUUCCUACUCGGUAUAUGUCAGUAUCUGCAGGAGCUGAAUUUGGAGAUAUGAGUCAUGAGGAAAUGCGCUAUAACUAUUACAGGGAACAUCAAAUGCAUCCAAGUACAUCGCAGACACAGGCCCCUCCUGUAAAUGAAAACCAUACAUUGCCAAAGUUUCUGUUUUCCGAAAGCAUUUCAGUUGUUCCCAUUUGCCUUACUGCCAAAGCAGAACAUCCACAGAAACAGAGGAUUCAGGUGUUAGAAAGACAAAGUAUCAAGGAAGCUGUUUCAUCUAAUUCAGUUUCUUUUACUUUCGAGGCUGUGAACUUGAAUUUCUCUGGCUCAAACAAUAAUUUGCCUCAGCUUAAUGUGAAAGAACCUCAGAAUGAUAGCAAGGAGAGCUCACUGUCAAAAAAUAGCAAGAACUGUAUGAAUGCAGCAACAAAUCCCCUGCUUCCUGCAGUAACAGUUCCUUCAGAAAUGCAUCUCCCCUCAACUUUGUUUUCAAAAGUGCCCGUAACAGCAGCAACAUCUGCACCUACUUUAAGCCUGUGUCCUUUAGAUGGUGCUGCAGAACAGCCAACUGCACCUCUAGAUUCCAAUCCAAGUGGCAACUUCAUAACAUCUAAGGGAUCAGGCUUCUUAUUCGAAAAAACGAAAGUAUUCCCCACACUUUUCAUUGGAAAAUCUGUAAGCCAAGAUUGUAAUGCAAGUAAUAUAAAUGGAUAUAACUCUUCAGAUUCGGUAGGUACUGCCACUACUACCAUCACAGGUUCUAAGCCAGUCACAUCAGUUGGUGAGAAUGCUUCCUUCUCAGCUUUUUCUACUAGUUCCAAAAGUGAAUGUUUUCAGAAAACUAAACUAAGCACUUCAGAUCAAACUUCAUUUACUCUUCCUUUUGAGAAGAUACAGCAAGAGAACAAAGCAUCUUGCUUCAGUAUGGAGACUAAUAAGGAGCAAACUUGGCUUGUUGCUUCAUCUGCCGUGUCUUCUAAGGACUUGGUUUGUAACUCUGGCUUCACUUCUAACUUGUUAUCUGAUUCAGCUUUGGAUCAGAGAGAUGCUUCCAAAAAGCAGGCGAUUCCUGCUAAGCUGUCUCCUAGUUGUUCUUGGACAAGCAAUGAUGCAUGUCUGUUUUCUUUCAAAGGGGCCAGGAAAAGUCCUUUCAACAGAAUUAAAUACGUAAAUGUUAAAUCAGAAAUGAAGUCAAAAGAAAAAUAUUUAGCUGCAAAAACCUCUGUGCCUUCAAUAAAGGAUGUGCCCACUCAAAAAGGACUUGAACAUCUAGUGGCCUGCUCUUCCUCCAUUGACAAUAGUUCAAAAUCACAAACUGCCAAUAUGCUUGUUCCUCAGGAAAAUGUCUCUGAUUCUGCAAAUAGUACUUUAACUUCAACUAAACUUACCAAAAUGACAAAUACAUCAGAAAACCAUGUACUGGCUGUAGAAGAUCAGAAAUCUCCCUCAGUACCUAAAGAAGCAAGUUGCAUAGUAAAUUCAGAUUCUGAUGGGGAAGAUUUAAGCCAAGCGUCUAGUCUUAGUGAAUCUAGCACCAUAUCUGAAUAUUUUUCUCUGGCUGAAGAUAACACAUUCUCCAGUUGAGAACUGCAAUAUGCAAUAAAAGUAAACAGAUUUUAUUGAAGACUAUUAACCUUGCGUUAUUUGUAUUCCAAAAUAGCAGUGUGAUCAAAUACUAUUCUGAUGCAUUUAUGACUCAUGAGAUUUUCUGUGUUUGAUCUUAAAUAAUUAAAUGUCAUUUAAAUUAAUGAAAUUAUAACUAUAUUACAGCUGUUUUAUAGUUAAUGGGAACAUUGGCAUAUUUUUAUAUCACUGGAUGCAAUAUAGUAAACAUGUCUUUAAUAACUAACAAUAGGUCAGUUCAUUCAGUAUCUUUUGGAGCCAUGCUUUGCGAAGCCAUGAAAAAAGCACUGCCUUCAAUUUCUUCUACCCCUUUUCUCAUUUCUUCAUGCACUUGGUAUACUUCAACUUCCUAUUAACAAUCAAAGUAAGGAGUACUGCCUUGAAUGUUAAUUUACUUAGCAAUAUCUGGCACAGUUGGUUAAAAGUCUUAGUAACCAAACCUUAAGCAGAUAUUUUCUGUUUCUAAUAAAGCAGUGUGCAAGGGUUCAGUUUGAUGGUUAAGUAGGAGAAAGAACUAGCAAAGGUAUGAAAAAUUGGCUAAUUCCUACCUUCAUAAAUGCCAACCAUGUUAGGGCAGUGCUCCUUAAAGUAGUGUAGGUUGUUGUGUUUGAACAAAUACAGCAUAAUACUAUUCCUUUUAAGUAUUUAUACACUUCCCUUUGAAAUCUCUUACAUGUUUUUCUUCUAUGUAUUUGUUUUAGUUAUACUCAGCCUGCCAAAUUUCUUCUUUCCUGUGAGCAUACAUGUUGUAGAAGUCAGAUCUGUUGAAGUAGCAAUUACGCCUACCUUAUUCAGUGAGAGAUGUUGGAUCUAGUCCGCAAGUUAUGAAAGAAGCUUAAUGACGCUUGAAGAUGUGGCACUUAAAUAAGUUGCUUUGCACAGAGUAUUACACUAUGGGCUUCUUUUGUCGAUACAAGCAACAUAUGUAAUUAAUACUGUACUUACCUAAUUUUGCACAAUAAAUUUUGAAACAUAAAAACUGUUGUUCUCCUUGCAAGCUUGAGAAAAAUAAAAUAUUUCAGGAACAGUGGUA